AUGGAGCCGAGUGGUCGCGUGGGCGACGAGGAGCAGCCUCAUAUCACUGCCAACCUGCCCAAUGGAGCCGUGCAUGACGAGAGGACGCCGCUCUUAGACGGACAAUCUAAAACGGCUCCGGUUGCCAACGGCGGCGACGGUCAAGACGAGGAGGAGACGUUGGUGGCCGAGGAACUUUCCACGACCCGGCUUACCAUAAUCCUUGGUACUGCCUACCUUGGCGUGUUCCUGGGCGCCGUUGACGCUAGCAUCAUCGCCACCCUCUCGGCCCCCAUCGCAAGCGAGUUCCAGUCUCUGAGCCUCCUCUCCUGGCUCGCCACGGCCUACCUCAUUGCCAAUGCGGCGUGCCAGCCUAUCUCCGGACGCCUGACCGACAUCUUUGGGCGCGGCCCCGGCCUUGUGUUCAGCAAUGUCUUCUUUGCUAUCGGCAAUCUUAUCUGCGGUCUGGCGCAGAGCGACGGCGUCAUGAUCCUCGGCCGUGUCGUUGCUGGCAUCGGCGGCGGCGGGCUGAUGUCCAUCUCGACCUUCUUGGCCUCGGACUUGGUUCCCUUGAGGAAGAGAGGAAUCAUCCAGGGCAUCGGCAACAUUGCCUAUGGCUCCGGCUCCAUGCUGGGCGGUGUCUUCGGAGGUCUCGUCAACGACCACUCUGCCCUGGGCUGGCGGCUUGCGUUCCUCGUCCAAGUACCUCCGGUUGUGAUUUCGGCGAUCCUGGUCUUCUUCCUGGUCAAGGUGCCUCCCAAGGUGUCAAACAAGUCGCUCAUCUCGCGCAUCGACUUUGGCGGAGUCUUCCUGAUCGUCACCUUUCUCGUGCUGCUCCUGCUCGGGCUGAACGCCGGCGGCAAUGUCGUCUCCUGGUCCCAUCCGCUCGUCCUUACUAGCGUGCCGCUGUCGUUCGUCGUCCUUCUGGUCUUUGUCUGGUGGGAGUCUGGCAGCAAGCAGCCCGUCAUUCCUGUCAGGCUUCUAGUCGAGCGCACGGUUCUCACCGCCUGCUUCACCAACCUCCUGGGUACUAUGGCCUCCAUGAUGCUGCUCUUCUACAUCCCGCUCUAUCUGCAGGUCUUGGGCCAUUCCGCCACCGCGGCCGGUCUGCGGGUCCUCGCUUCUUCGCUGGGCGUCUCCAUCACUUCGGUUGGUAGCGGCAUCCUGAUGAAGCGCACCGGUCGAUAUCUCAGCCUCGGCAUAUUCGGCCUCCUCGUCUUCGCCUCCGGCGCCGCCGUCGCCGCCACCCUCGACGCCCACUCGCCCGACUGGAAGCCCUUCCUGACCUUCUUCCUCAUCGGCGGCGGGUACGGCAUGAUGCUGACGGUCACGCUGCUCGCGUGCAUCGCCGCCGUGGACCACAGCCAGCAGGCCGUCAUCACCUCGGCCACGUACGCCUUCCGGUCUGUCGGCGCCACCGUCGGCAUCACCUGCGCCGGCGCCGUCUACCAGAACCUGCUGCGCGACCGCCUCUGGGACCGGUUCGGCGACCUGCCGGGCGCCGAGGAGGUCAUCAACCGCGUCCGGGACGACCUCGGCGAGCUCGGGCGGCUGCCGCCGGGGUGGUUCGACGGGGUCAUCGCCAGCUUCAUGGACGCGUUCCGCGGGGUGUGGUUCCUCGCGCUGGGCUGCGCCGUCGGGGCGACGAUUUGCGUGUCGCUUAUGAGGCAGCACACGCUGCACUCGACGCUGGAGAGGAGGUGA